UGGAGACUUCAUUAAGAUGCAUGGGACGUGCACUUCAAGGCUGUCCUAAACAGGGAUCCAUUGAUCUUCUUGGGUUUACAUCAUCUUCCUCGGUUACCCCUUGGAUUUAGUUAAUGUUACCCGAUAAAGUGGCCUGGAUAUGAGCUCACCCUGAUUUAAAAUCUGAGGGAUUCCUGUCCGGGGUGAUGGCACUUUGAGCUGCAGGCAACAUGAGGUUCCUUGUGGUGCUCUCCAUCGCUGUGGUCGUCUUCAGUGGAGCACCAUGCCUUGCCAGUGAUGUCCCUUCAUUCAUCCUACCCUUCACAGACUGCAUCCAAAGCAAAGGAAAAGCGGGUUUCUACCAGGGCUGGAUCGAUGUGACCGAGUCUGGAGGAAAGUGCAUGAACUGGAGCCACGUGGCCGGCAUCACUGCCAGGUACCCUGGAAAAGGUCUGGGUGACCACAAUUUCUGCAGGAACCCUGACGGCAGGAUCAGACCCUGGUGUUUCUUCAGGAAUCACAGAGGAAGGGUAGACUGGGGUUACUGUGACUGUAAACAAGGGUCGGUGCGCCUGCAGGGCGGGAGGAGCAAACUGGAGGGCACCGUGGAGGUGUACCUGAACGGAGUGUGGGGCGCGAUCUGCAGCAACAGCUGGGGUGACGAGGACGCAGCUGUGGUCUGCCGGCAGCUGGGCCGCGGGUAUAUUGGCCGCGCGAGGCACAGUCCUCUGUCUCGGCUGAACUUGGCCUCGAUCCACUGGCGCUCGGCGCACUGCAGAGGACAUGAAGACGACCUGCUCCAGUGUCCCAAGACGGUUUGGAACGGAGGCGAGUGCAGCCACCGGCAAGCAGCUGCGGUCGUCUGCACCCUGCAGGAAGCGGCUGUGUUUGUUCCAGUGCGCCUGUCCGGCGGCCGCUGGGGCCACGAGGGCAGGGUGGAGGUGUACCACGCUGGCCAGUGGGGCACGGUGUGUGACGACCAGUGGGAUGAUGCAGACGCGGAGGUGGUCUGCAGGCAGCUGGGCCUCAGCGGGACAGCCAAGGCUUGGGGUCAAGCCUACUUCGGAGAGGGGUCAGGCAGGGUACUGCUGGAUGAGGUGCGGUGCACGGGCAACGAGCUGUCCAUCGAGCAGUGUCCCAAGGCACUGUGGGGGGAGCACAACUGUGAGCACCGCGAGGACGCUGGCGUCUCCUGCACCCCCCUCACAGACGGCUCCCUGCGGCUGGUGAACGGCUCCGGGCUCCACCAAGGACGCCUGGAGGUUUACUACAAGGGCCAGUGGGGCACGGUGUGUGACGAUGGCUGGACGGACUCCAACACGCAGGUGGCCUGCAGACAGCUGGGCUUCAGGUAUGGUGAGGGCCCCGCCGACCAGCGCUUUGGAGAGGGCGUGGGCCCCAUCCUGCUGGACGAUGUCAGCUGCACAGGCAAGGAGCCUGCCCUGUCUCACUGCGGCCGCCGUGAGUGGCGCAAACACGACUGCACCCACCGUGAGGACGUCUCCAUCUCCUGCAGUCCCGAGCGCCUCAGCCAUGGCGUCCCAGCCAGUAUACCUAUCCGGCUGGUGGGAGGGGAGAACCAGAAGGAGGGCCGCGUUGAGAUCUACGUUGACGGCCAGUGGGGCACCAUCUGUGAUGAUGGGUGGACUGACAGGGAUGCAGAUGUGGUGUGUCGGGAGCUCGGUUACACGGGUCCGGCGAAGGCGAGAACGAUGGCCUACUUUGGCGAGGGGCAGGGUCCCAUCCACGUGGACAACGUGAAGUGCACGGGGAGCGAGAGGUCGCUGGCGGACUGCAUCAAGCAGCCCUUGGGCACCCAUAACUGUCGCCAUAGCGAGGACGCGGGAGUCAUCUGCGACUACGCCCAGCACGGCAUCGCCAAUGACACGGGCGUCUCGAUGUGCGGCCUGCGAAUGGUUCACACACGGCAGAAAAGGAUCAUAGGGGGCGAGAAUUCCUUAAGGGGUGGGUGGCCCUGGCAGGCCGCCAUCCGGCUGCGCGGAUCCCAGGCAGACGGCCGUUUGGUGUGCGGGGCAACGCUCGUCAGCAGCUGCUGGGUCCUCACCUCGGCGCACUGUUUCAAGAGGUAUGGUAAUGACACAAAGACCUACAAGGUCCGAGUGGGGGACUAUCACACCCUGGUGCCAGAAGAGUACGAGAUGGAGUAUGCGGUGGAGGAGAUCAUUCCACACAGCAACUACAGGACCUACAGCAACGAUUACGACCUGGCACUCGUACGAAUGUCUGGCCGUAACGGCCGUUGUGUGUCCUUUAGCCGCCAUGUGCUGCCUGCCUGUCUGCCACAGCACAAGGAGAAGGUGCUGAAGGCGGCCUCUAACUGCUUCAUCACUGGGUGGGGUGACACAGGGAGGUCCUACUCCAAGACACUGCAGCAGGCCUCCAUCUCCUUGCUCCAUAAGCGCCAAUGCCAGUUGAGGUACCAGGGCCAGUUCACAGGCCGCAUGCUGUGUGCCGGAAAUGCUCCGGACGAGCUGUGGGUGGAUAGCUGCCGGGGGGACAGCGGGGGGCCCCUUGUGUGCGAGAGACCCGGCCAUGGGUGGGCACUCUACGGGAUUACCUCGUGGGGUCACUCCUGCCGCCUGCGGGACUCCCCUGGGGUCUACACCAAAGUGUCGGCCUUCAUACCCUGGAUUCAGCGGGUGGCCGGGCUCUGAAAGGACAGUCAAAGGUAUGACCUAUGUGGACGGUCCUCGAACCGCUGAAUCAGGGCAUCCCAGGUUGCAGAAGAGCUGUAAACUACUUUCAUGGUAUUCCUUUGGUAUGUAUUCAUCAGCACUUGGUUAGUAAAAGGGACCACUACAUGUGACAUGCUGAGAUCAUGUAAAAAACACAGGG